AUGUGGCUUGCACUUCAAGCUCUCACCAUCACCAUCAUUGCAUUGUUAACAUCUGAUCAGGAAGAUCCCUUUUCCAAUCCUCACCUUCAUAAGUCCAGAGCUAUGAGCAGCCUCACCAAUCUGAGGCUCUUCUGGGUGUUGAACAUGCCAACAAAUAUGGUCAUUCCCAAGGCCCUACAACUUCAUGCGAUAGCAUGCUUGCUUGCUUCUGGAGGUUUAUUGGCUUUCCUCAGUGUCCUUGACUUCUUGGUCUUCUCUUCCUUUCUGGAACAUCGGAAUUUUGGCGUUGAGCACAUCAAAACUGCAACACAAAUUUUGUCAUUUGUCUUGCAACUUGUUGUCACAACUCUCCUUGCAUUGCUUUCAUAUGGAAUACCAGCAAUUGCAGUCAAUGCUACAAUGCGGCAACGUCAGGUGCUUCGUGUGCUUCAUGACAAUGUUGAAGCCUGGCGAGGCCUUGGGUCUUCACUUCGUGCUAUUUGGCAUAGUGAAAACCACCCUUUCCCUGUCCGCCUUCAAUUAUUUCGUGUUCUCUUUUUUUACAGUUCUAUCUUUGUGUUCCAAAUAGCCACACCCUCUUUGUUCUCAGUGAAGGUGGUAACUGUGAAACAGAGGGUACCAGUAACUGUCAACUCCAUGCCAGGUAACAUGAUGACUGAUGAUUUCAAUGAUGUGCAAUAUGCUGCAAUUGAUUAUCUAUACAGCCAGAGGAAAUCCAUUGUUGUCAGAGACCUUGUUGGAGUAAAUGAUACAAUCCUUUUUGGUACAAUGGAUCAAAAAUUGGAAGGUGUGGAAUUUGAAGAUCACAAUGCCCUCAACUUGAGUGUAAGGUGUGGAAUCAUUCCUCAUGCUUCUGGUGAUUCUUUUGAUUUCUCCUACUCUCUGGGGCCAAUAGAAAAUUAUCCAGACAGUGGAACUACAUUAUUAUUUGAUGUACAUCUCAAGUUUACCUAUAUUCCUGGUACCCUGCUGCACUAUGUAUCUAGUAAAAGGGCCAUUGCAGGUCUAAUAAAUCAGGGCACUGGAAAUUUUACUCUUGGUGAUGAGAAACCAACUUCAUCCACACCACCCCAAUUCUGGUUUAAUGACACACUUUUAGCUUUAUAUCCCCAAGAUGAUGUUGACCAAAUUGGUGCUUUUGCAAUAGCACUUGUGACCACAAAGGACUAUACCUUAGGUGGUGGAAGGCAAGGUUCCCCUGUGCAGCUCACAAAAGAGGUCCAAGUUUAUACAUCUGUGGCAAUGACCAAUUCAAGCAAGUCCAAUAUCACCUUGGAAUCCAUCAACAUAACAAUCAAUAUAUGGCCAAUUGGAUGUGCAAUGUACACACAGAAUCUAACCACACGUGUGUCAGGUUCUGACAACAAAUUGCUGGAAAUCCUGGGUAAACAUGAAUACAAUUCUGAACCAAAGUUCAUCAAUAUGCCUUUUGAGCGCUGGUCAAACCCAGCAAACUAUGUGGAAAAACAUUUCAGUGGCAUGCUGUACAUGGCCUACAGGAUGAAACUGAACCUUGUGGAUGAAUUUUUUCCCCUUGGUUCUAAUUCAGUGCUGGGAACACAGCCUCUACCACAGGCUGCACUUUUGGACCUCACCUCAACUUCACUAAGCCCCCAGAACCAGUCUUUGAGCCUCUCAGGAUUAGAGACCCAACUCAGCUUGUAUUCUGCCUUCAUAUAUGGCUUUACCAUUAUGAAUUGUCGAAGGGCACUACUUCAUGAUCCUACCAUAAUGCAUGCAGUUUGGUCACCCAUUUACUUCAAUACAACUGGAACACACCAGUCUGACCAAGCCAUUGCCCAAGUUGCCUAUUUCCCACUAAUCAUUGUGACUGCACUCUGUGGGUGCAUCAUGUUCAUCUCUUUCUUCAUCAUCUGGGAUGGAUUCAUCAUGAUGGGGGCUGUGGUUGAGGAUACACAAUGGCAGCAGGUGGUUCAUGAUGGCAGCCUUCUCGAUAUGAUAUCUUUACUGGGUGGGUCUCAGUCCAGUGCCAGUGCUGUGUCACACUGCUCCUCCCAGCACAAGGGUCUCUUGGACUAUGACUAUAUAAACAAUGCUGUUGUUAAGUAUUCAGAAGGAGGUCUCAUCCUCCAAUCUCAAUCCAUGUUUCCAUCAUUAGGAUCCAAAGCUACCAAUAAUCUGUUUGAUCGAGUUUGGACUCAACCAAACUUGUCCAGGUCAGGGGUACCUUCAUGUGCUGAGCAUCUUCACUCCAUUCAUGCAAGAAGUUUGUGGAGAUUAGGCAUAGGAGGGAUACUGGUGCUAAUUGCUUUCCAUGGCUGCCUUGUGGUUUUGUCUGAGGCUCAUGUUUUGGACCAUUUGUACUUCGAUAUCAGGCACUUAGGGCUGAUGAACCAAAUUCUACUGACAUUCAAAGAGGGAUUUGUGGUUAUGGUGUCUGCAUUAGUCAUUCUGUCUGUCUCAUCACUUGCCUGUGAUGUCUCACUAAGGCAAAGAGCAUUGCAUUACACUCUCAAGGCCUGGCGUCAAGGGCCCUGCUCCCUGGUGCUGGCUCCAACAUUGGUUCUGAAUCAGCUCAAUACAACAUGUGUCUUUGGAUUUUUCCUUGGAAUCAUGGUUACACAUGUUGCCACGCCAACUAUUGUGACAACAGAAGCAUUCAAUGCUUCAAUCCCAACACAUUUCAUGGUUGACAGAAUCCCAGGUGUCUGGGGUAAUCUAUCAGUCUCUUUGCAGUUCACCAAUCACAUAGUGGAGUUUCUUGCAGCUGCUCCAUACCUACUAGGUGACACCACAUUUGGUACUGAUAAUAUUCUUGGCUGGAAUCAAACUACACUCAAUGCACCAGAGGAUAAAGGGGGAACCUUCCAUGAUCCAUUUGCAACAAAGUACAAUGUGUCAUGCAAUGUGAUUCCUCAAUCAAAAGAGAAUCCAUACACUGGCAACAUUCAUAUGGAUAAUCAUUCUGGCGAAUACUUCCUGUACAUGAAUUUGACUACUUGUGUUAACCCAUACCCUGGUUUAAGCACUGAAUAUACUUGGCAGUUGCCAGGCCUUAGUCUUGGACAAUCAACAAUUCCAAAAGAGAACAAGUCAUCCACCCCAGGUGUGACUGUUCCAAAUACAAUUGCCUUACUCCAAUCUCAAUCUUCCCAUACUGGAGUGCUGCCCAUGAUUCAUAUCUCAGGAACUCCACAUGCCCUUGUAGAGGGCAGAGCACCACUACAGGGUCCAUAUAGUCUAACCAUCCAGACACAAAUGUGGACAUAUGUCCAGAAUCAUAGCACCUACAAACUGGACAGCUAUAUCCACAAAACAAGGAGACUGGAACCAGUGAAUGUCACUGUGUAUCUUUGGCCUAUCGCGUGUACACUCCACAUACUCAAUGGUAGAGCUGUAGUGACUUCAAACAAGUUGGAGUCAUUCAUCCCAGAGGUGGUGGAAAUAUUUGAACCACCACCAGGCUAUGUGCGAUCAGGAAAACCAACCCACAUCAUCGAAAUGAAUUGGGACAGUCUAAUAUACCUAUUAUACAUAAAUGACCUAUAUUCAGGUUUCGGCUUGGAGGAUCCAAUAUAUGAUGGAACAUUUGCCACCCAAGGUGGAAUGUCUGGACUGGGUGAACAACUUGGUCUGUUCACUGCAAGAUAUGUAGCAUUGCUUGACCAAUAUUGGCGAACAAAGUAUGAAAGCCAGGGUCCAAUUGAUGGUCUUUCUUGGCAACCUCUCCAAGCCAGAGUUUAUGGUUCAAGACAAGUGCUAUCUGCACGUUUCACUAUUCAUACAAUUCCGCUUUGCUUUGGCUGUCUUUCUGCACUCCUUAUUGGUGUGUCAUCUGCUGUCACAUUGUGGAACACUUUCAACAACAAAGAUGUUAUGACCAAAGAAGCUGGGAUACUCCAGUGCAUUCAGAUGCUCCAAUUGUCUUCUCUGACCCAUCUGCUCAACAAGUGUCAAUCAUUGCCAGAAUCAAGUGUGGAUGGACACAGAGUCAGCAGGGACAUCCUAUCACUAGAUGUUCAAUGUAAUGGUUUGACACUGGAUGUUGUUCAUGAAGGGAAUGAUGCUAUUUUAGAUCCACUCAAUGAUCUUCCAGAACACCUGUGA